UUCCGUGUUAUCAAAUGCUUUCUCGAGCUUCUAUUCCGCUUUAUAUAGCAAAAAGAAGCAAAGCGACGAGUUAUCAAUAUGCUGUUCAUCCCGUAACUGGUAAAAAGCCUCCAACAUUGGAAGAAUUUGACCCGCUCAAUCCGGGAGAAUGGCAAAUUGGGGUCGCAGGCAAAAUUCUUCCUCGUCUUCCAGAAGGUACUCGUUGUGGAGAAUUGGUUAUGGGAAAGUAUGGACUUUAUGAUCCCAAAAUUAGAAAGCUUCAGGACGAGCUUUGGGAAGGCACUGCUGGAGGAACUCUUCCAACAGAAACAGCAAAUUAUCCGUUGACUGUGGGUCGAAAUAUUGUUUUUGGUAUGGCCUGUUGUAGUGUUCUCAUGAUCCUUUAUUCUAUGGCUACUUUUUUGUUUGCGACUAAGGAGAAACCUCUUUGGCCUUACAAGCCGCGUGUGCAGCCUGAAUGAGUUGGAAUAAGUCGAAAGAGGAAGAAAAUGUAAAGGGAAGAUAAUAUAGUUA